GAAAAUCCGGAGAGACUACCCCUCCAAAAUCCUUAUUCAGCUGUGUGCUGCAUUACUUCUACUCAACUUAGUUUUCCUCCUUGACUCGUGGAUUGCACUAUAUGAUACACGAGGCCUCUGCAUUGCAGUUGCAGUAUUUCUUCACUAUUUCCUCUUGGUUUCCUUCACCUGGAUGGGCCUAGAAGCUUUCCACAUGUAUCUGGCCCUUGUGAAAGUCUUUAAUACCUAUGUACGGAAAUACAUCCUUAAAUUUUGUGUUGUUGGUUGGGGGUUACCAGCAAUAGUUGUGUCCAUUGUGUUGGCAGUAUCACCAGAUAAUUAUGGACUUAUAACCACUGGAAAGGUUUCAAUAAACAGACCUGACGAAUUCUGCUGGAUUAAGAAUAGAAUUGUCUUCUAUAUUACUGCUGUGGGAUACUUUUGCCUGAUAUUCCUGAUCAAUAUCAGCAUGUUCAUUGUUGUGCUGAUCCAGCUCUGUCGUAUCAAAAAGAAAAAACAACUUGGUGCUCAAAGAAAAACCAGUAUUCAAGACCUUAGGAGUGUUGCUGGCCUCACAUUCUUGUUGGGAAUUACUUGGGGAUUUGCUUUCUUCACAGUAAAUGAGGUGUUUACUUUCCUCUUUACCAUUUUCAACACUUUGCAAGGGUUCUUCAUUUUUAUCUUCUAUUGUGUGACAAAGGAGAAUGUCCGUAAACAGUGGAGAAGAUAUCUCUGUUGUGGGAAAUUCAGGCUGGCUGAAAACUCUGACUGGAGUAGAACUGCUACUAAUGGUUUAAAGAAGCAGACUGUAAAUCAAGGAGUAUCCAGUUCUUCAAAUUCCUUACAAUCAAACAGUAACUCCACUAAUUCUACAACACUGCUAAUGAAUAAUGAUUAUUCAGUGCAUGCAAGUGGAAACGGCCAUCUUUCCAGUGAGAAGAAUGGUGUUUCUUUCAGUGCCCAGAACGGCGAUGUGUGUCUCCAUGACUUUUCAGGCAAACAACUUGUAUUUCAAGAAAAGGAUGAUACAGGCAGCCAAAAAAGCCAUAUCUCACUCAGAAGGACUUCAAAGAGGGGAAGCCUAAAUUUUAUUGAGCAAAUGUGA